AUGAGAGAUGAGGAGAAGAAGAAGAAGCGGUAGGAACAGAAGAGCCGUCCACACAUUCAGGCCACGCCCCCUUUUUGCAGCGCCAGUUGCAGAUUCAGUUUUCUGAGCACCGCCACCACUUCGUCGUGGAGCACCGCCAUCGAGCAGCUCAAUUCGACGUAUGGCAGGUAGCAUUUGGAUUUUUUGUUUGUGAUUAAAAAAAUGGAAAAAAAGCUCGAAAUGUUUCGAUUUUUACUGUCAAACAUUGUUCGUUUGUGACUUUCCUUGUCAAAAAAGGCACGCAUUUUUGUGAAAACAUUUUGGUUCCGAGCACAAUUAUAUUAUCGAGUUCAGCGCGAAUGAAAAAAAAAGAUCCAUUAGCAGAUUCUUAUCCCUUUUCCUCGCCCCGUAAAAAGGUUUUUCUCUCUCAUUUCGAGCUCUCGAAACGGGCGGCUCACUUCUCUCUCUCACUCUCUCUCUUUUUGGCCACGCCCACUUUUUCCACUUCUUCUUCUUCUUCUUCUUCGUCUCCUGAAAUUUCCACGUCAUUUCGGCUCCGAAAUGUGCUCAUUUAUGUCGAUAUUCUGUCUGAAAUUGUUCGGAAAACGAACGCCCCGCGAAAAUGACUAUCAACUGUACGUUUUUGUUUUCGGCGAAAAAUGAAUGAAAAUGGACACUUUGCAACUGGAGUAUCUGAAUUUUUUAAAAUUGGGACAACCCGGCUGCAAUCAGUUCAACUGGGAACAUUGCCAAUUUUCUCGGUUAGACACAUUGCAACCGAGUUGCGAAAUGUACCAGCUCCAGAAAAUUCAUGUCUUCCGGUUGCGAAACGUCCAAAACGUUUGUUGUUCUUGAGACUACAAAUUGAGAGUGAUAUUAUCGUUGCCUCUGUCUUCAAACUUCAGAAGACGUCAACGGGUUUCCAUGCUUUUGUUCCUCGAAAAUGGUGAACAUAACAUAAAUUCCAUGGCCAACUAUAGAAAAUUUAGCGAAUUUUCACCUGUUUUCCACAAACUUCUCGACUCCGGCUCAUUUUGAGGCACUUGAAAGUGUUGUUGAUGUUUAGAACCGAAAAAAAGCUAUUUUUAGGAGAAAACUUGCAACGAAAUUGGUGAUUUUGACCAGGGUUGGGCAAACUUCGGCCCGGGCUUUUUGUAAGCUUUUUGAGGCGUGGACUUCUGACCCACUUGCAAUAAUCCGAUCGGGACCAAACUUUGCAAACCUCUUGGACUUGGAUUGGAGUACAUUGGGUUCAAGUUUUGGACCGAUCCGAUCAUCUCGUCCCGAGAUAUACUGGUUUGAAUAAUCAAAAGCGUCAGCUCCUUUUCCUGACGUCAUCAAGUGUCUCUGGCUUGAUUUAUGGCGAGUUUUUGGGAGAAAAAACGAAGCCAAAUUGUAUUAAAAUUUUGCUUGAAAAUGCAUUGGUGAACACUAGAAACUGUUCUAAUUUUUCUGAAAACGGAGAGGAAAAACAGGAACUCAUAAAACGUUUCACUUUUCGCCGACGCGGAUAAUACCGGAUUACCCGGCCGACGGCGUUUUUGAUCUACGCCAAAAAUUUCAAAAAUGCUCAUACUUUUCCCGCCUUUCCCGCUUUCGAAACGACGAAAAGAAGAACAGUUUCUACUGCGCAAAAGCGUGAAAAAAAGGAGAAACGUGGUGACCUUUCGGCUCGUGACGGCCCUUGUCAGUGCCGUGUCCACGUGGAUGUUGUUGUUGUGUUCGGACUGUUGCGGGUCAGUUUUUUGAUUUUUCUUCUGCGAAACAGACGCAGAAAUCUAAUUGAUUAUUUUCGUUUCUCUGCGUCUCCGUCCGACGUCUUCUGAUAGCAAGAAAAAGAGAGAGAGAGAGAGAGAGAAAAAGGCGGAAUUUCGUCCCAAAUCGCCAUCAAAAUCAACCUGUUCAUCAUCUGCAUCUUUCCAUCAUUUUCCAACCGAUGUUCAGUAUUUCGCAAUCGGCCGUCGCCGCCGCCGCCGCGCCCGCAUCCACGUCAGCAGCAUCGGAGCCCCCGCCCGAAACGCCACGCCCCCUCUCGAUCCAGCACAAAAUGAGCCGCCAUCGAUCACGGUACAUCGGACUGAAACGGUGCGGACACUGCCGACGCUUCCUCAUGCAGUUUAUGGUCAAAAAGGAGGAGGUGUACGCGUGCGAUGUUUGUGGGUGAGUACACGAUUUUUUUUUAUGAUUGUUUAAUCUAUUGUGUAAUUUGACGAUUUUCUGUAUUUUUCGACGAAACGUUAUGAAAAACGGAAAAGCGGAAAACGGGGAAAAAGCGGAUUUUGUUUAGACUCUCACAAUUUUCGCAACCGAACGAUUCGCAACCUACACUGUGCGUUGAAAGCGUAGAGACUUCAAAGUUUUUGAUGUACUAGCGAGUUGCGAAAAACGUAGCGGUUGCGACAGUGGUGAAAGCCAAAAAUGAACGAAAAAUGAUGUGAAAAGAAGCCAAAUCAAUGCAGAAAAAUGGCGUAGAAUUCUAGAAAACGCGAAAUGACAGUAAUCCUGCUGAUAUUCGCCGGCAUAACCUCGUCAUGGAUGUCCCGAUGGGCAACACUGUAAGCCCAUGUCGUUUUUGUGUUCUUCGCACAAUUGUCGUCGAUGUAUUAUUAUUGCAUGACAGAAUCGGUUCUUUUCCCUAUGUGUCCACUAAAACGUCUUAAAAAUGUUUGACGACUUUUCCUUGAACAUUUCCCCAUUUCCCCCAAUUUCUUUUCGUUUAUCUUGUCUGAAUUCCGUGAAAAUUAACGGGAACGUACCUGGGUGAGCUUGAGUUUGCAUUUUGACGGUGAUUUUUUUGGAACGCGCGGCGGUUACAGAAGAAAAAAAAGCGGUUCACUGGUUUGUGUCUGCGUCUCGCACUCUCUCGCCGUUUGCAUUUUAACACCGUUCAAAUGCAAACUUCGCCUAUUACAGCGCUCACCUAUCCCGUUGCGGGAAAAUGUUCUUUAAAAAAAAUAUAUAUAUAAUUUUUCCAGAGUGCGAGUGCACGAGGGAUGCAUGAAACUGCUGAUGACGAGCUGUCUGAUAACGACGCAGUACGUCGGGGGGCUCGUCGAAUCGGCCGUCAUGCGCAGCAACCGCGACAAGUGGGAGGCGAAUCCGCGCAAAACGACGGCGUCGACGACGUCGCCGCCGACUCCCACACAUCUCCAGGCGUCCGUCUCCACGCCACAAUCGCCCGUCUCUCUUAACAGUCAGUUUUUGCUUGUUUCAAGAUUCUUCUCUGGCUUUUCUUGGAAAAAUUGAAAUUAUAUGGAUUGUUCAUGAAAGUCCCAAACAAAUCAAUAUUCAAAAGGGAAAAAUGUGAACAUUUUGCAGAAAAUGUAAAUAGUGAAAUAAUGACGACGACGUCGGGUGCGAUGUCCGUGGAAGAAGGAGCCAGAACGGACCUGUCGACGUUCCUGGAUGACGAUCUGGAAAAGCAGAUGACGUGGGAGGACGUGACGAUCCGGCCGGAAGACGUGCAAGUGCGCGGACGGGUCGGCGAGGGCCGCUUCGGAAGUGUUCACUACGGACACUACCACGGAGACGUCGCCCUCAAAUUCAUCAAUAUGGCGUUUGUCGAGGAGCCGGAGAGACGCGUCGAAAUGUUCAAGGCGGACGUCGUCACCGCCUACAAGGUACGCAAAAUUCAAUUCUUUUUUGUGACACAUGAAGCCGUGUCGCUUCGCUUCGGAAACCUUACACCCACUUCGAAUCUAGACUGAAUAAUUUGCAGAAUUCGCGGCACGACCACAUAGCGCUGUUCCUCGGCUACGUGGCGGAUCCGUCGUCGAACACGUACGCGAUCUGCACGAACUUCUACCACCACAAGACACUCUACCACCGGAUCCACGAGGCGACGGCCGAAGACGUCGAGGUGACGUGGGCCCUCUCGAUUUCCCUGCAAAUAUGUCAGGCGAUGUCGUAUUUGCACAAGAAAAAGAUUUUGCACAAGGAUUUGCGCUCGAAGAACAUUCUAUUGGAUAAGCCGAACCGGGUGGUCGUCGCCGACUACGCUCUUUUGCGGCUCGAACGGAUGGCGCAGCCGAAGAGGAACUACUCGUUGAUGGUCCCGAACCACUGGAUCGACUACCUCGCGCCGGAGAUCGCCGCCAAUCUUUUUAUUGAGGACGACGAGGUCGUGCAGACCGAACUGCCCUUCAGCCCCGAAUCCGACGUCUUCUCGUUUGGGUUCGUUUGCGCUUCUUUUUUUUGUUGAAAAUUUAUCUCUCGACCCGCUAGCAAUAAUCCGAUCGGGUUCAAUUUUAUACUGGUUUUAGGCCGAAAAGGCCGAGUUUCGGCAAAAAUAGCCGCCUUUUCGGCGUAUAUCUCGGGAUCUCUCGGACCCAGAAUACUUCAAUCCAGGUCCAAGAGGCCUGCAAAGUUUGGGCCCGAUCGGAUAAUUGCAAGUGGGUCAAAAGCCUGUUUGAACUGUUUUUCUAAAUCUUCUAAAUUUGCAGCACGAUCUUCUUCGAGCUGCUGACCCGUAAGAUGCCGUCGGGAUCGAUGCCGUGGGAGCAGAAGGUGUACGAGAAGCUGAUCGGCACGAAGGCGGCGCUGUCGCGUCUCGACUCGCAAAUGCAACGGAUCGACACGUCGCUGACGCUGCUGCUAAUGCGCUGCUGGAAUUUCAACGCGGCGAACCGUCCGACGUUCGCGUCGAUCGUCAAAUCGCUGACGGUCCUUUUGCGACGCAAAGAACCGUCCGGACGGAGGUCGACGGCCCACGAGAAUCCGUAUUAA